AUGCUCGCACCCUGGUCUCGAUUGUGGACGCUACUUUGUCUCCUUCUGGUGGUUCAGCUCGUCAGUGGAGAUGUUUUCAGAAUAGCCCCAAGGGCGGACGACGACGAGCCCCAAAAGACAACAGCCAUUGAGUCAGGCUCAACUUCGACAAGGGCACACAGCAGUACCACCGAAACCGCCGCGGCUUCUGGCAAGAAAACGGAAUCUUCUGAGCCCACGAACUCCCAGUCAAAGAGUGAGACCACUUCGGUGACCGUCACAGAAACCGAGAAAUCAGAAAGUUCAGAUCCUACAUCAACUAGCACGGGUGGUCCCUUCCAAAGCGGACUUGAUGAUUCUUCCUACUACAAUGCCACGAUACCCGCCGGUCAACUUCCCAUUGAACCAAGGCUCACACCAGGUUGGGGUGUUGCAGGAAUUAUCAUGUUGCUAACCGGUGUUGCAUAUGCUCUUGUCGGAAUCAAGAACAGAAUGAUUCAUACCUUCUUUUCGACUGCUUUCGCCGCAUCACUCUGCGUUACUGUACUGAUUGUCUAUGUCAUGAAGUCUGAAGUCAGCGAUGCUUUGCAAGGAGGCUAUGUGGUUGCCGUCGUCAUCUCCGGUUGUAUCCUUGGUGCAGCUUCAAUGUUUUUCAGGGAAAUCACUGAGAGCCUAGGCUGUGCUCUGGGUGGCUUCUGUAUCAGCAUGUGGCUUCUCUGCCUGGUCCCUGGCGGGCUGCUCGGUCCUGUCGUAUCCAAAGCCAUUUUCAUUGCUUGCUUUACUGUAGGCGGGUUCGCCUUUUACUUCAGCCAUUACACGCGAGACUGGGCACUCAUUCUGAUGAUCUCAUUUUCUGGCGCUACAGUCACGGUGCUGGGUAUCGACUCGUUUAGCCGGGCUGGACUAAAAGAGUUUUGGGCCUAUGUUUGGGAACUCAAUGAUGAGUUGUUUCCUCUUGGUGCCCAUACUUAUCCAGUUACGAAAGGCAUCCGAGUUGAGACUGCAGCAAUCGUCAUCAUCUGUCUAUUUGGUAUUAUCUCACAGAUCAAGCUGUGGAAACUGGUUCGCGAAAAACGUGAAAAGAAGGCGGAACAAGCUGCCGAGGGAGAGCGCAACCUACGCGAGGAAGAAGAACAAGUCGGCAGGAACAUUGAAGAGGCAAACGCACGCGAGAGACGCCAGUGGGAGAGGAUUUAUGGAGACGGAGAUGCAGAAAGCUCGACGGUCUCUCACACUUCCAACGACGGCGAGACACCUAACGAGAAGAACAACCGCAUAAGCCAAACCGACUCUUCGAAAAGACAAUCCGCCUCGAUUGUUGAGGUCAUCGAGAUGACAAACAUGCCCGACUCUGAGCAAUUCAAGAAGCAGCCUACCACUACCGUGAACCUGAUGUCUUCAGAGCACAACGAGGAUGGCAGAGUAACGGUCCACGUAGCUUCGGAUGAUAUCACUCCAUCGACAACAGACAGCGUGAACCAUGAUGUCGCUGGUAAUAAUUUGAAAACCUCCGCUCCCGAGAGCAGACGCAUCUCUACACAAUCAUCCAUCGCUAGAUCUGUCGCCCCUCCCGUCAUUCCUCUUCCAUUCACUAUUCCCGUUGCGAACGAUGACAACGAUGCCCUUACUAACGACGACCGUUCAUCAGUGGCAACCUUUGCCGAUGAAGAUGAGAAUGAGCCCCAUACACCUAGCCACCGACGCUCACUUGCGAAAAGAUUGUCUCGCCUCUCUCGUGGAUCAAUGGAGUUGCUUGGAAAUAUGUCCCACCGAUCGAGUCGCGUUCUUGGAGAGCCCCAGGAACACCAACAUGGUGAAAGCAGCGACGGAUUGGUGAUCCCACAAAAACAACAUCGCGACGAUGAUGGCUCAGUUGCGGCGACAAUUGACAACGAGAGUGUAAGCGGCGAUGACAAGUCCCAUGCGACACAUGGGAUGCGAAAGAGCAUCCAAAUCAACGCGGAGCUUUCCGGAAAGGACAGCGAUGAUAAGAGAAACACAUCUGAAGCUCAGCAGGAAUCUUCUAGUGCAAACGGUGCAACCAAGCCCGAUGAAUUCAAGCGACUAGAAGAAGAUGCUGCAGAAGGCAUGAGCAAGAGCAAGUCUGUAACAUCUGGCUCAUCAGCUCGUGUUAGCUUGACCAAGGAUCGACUUCCCAGAUCGCUUUCCAAAGUAGCAUUGUCAUACAGGACUAACGAAUGGGCCAAACACUUGAGCAGCGCAGAAGCCCCUGAGCUUGACGAGAUUCAUAUCACUUCACCCAGAAGCCCAGCCGCAUCUACAGUUGAAACGCCAGUGCCAGUACACGUGGAAGAGCUACAAAAGUUCUCCAAUGAAGGAACCCCGGUACCGGCAAUUACACGAUCGGACUCACGAGCCUCCAGUGCCUCGCACACAGCACCCCGACGUGGUUCAAAACAACAUGUUCCUGCAGCACUCGCUCUUCUCACAGGCGAGGGCCAGCAUCGCAGCCCUGGCACAACUCCGACUAGUGCCAACAUGCCACGUUCGUCUUCUGGAGGCUUACGGAUGACAUCGGGAGUGAUUUCAUCUAUCGCAGAAGAACAAGCUGUGUCUAACCCAAUGCUAUCUGGCCCUUCAGGAGAGGUAAUGGGGUCACAAACUCUCAACAUCCCAGGUGCUGCAGAGGGCCAGCGCUCAUCGGCGCCAGGUAUUGUGUCUUACUCGAGCCCUCAGACUCUUCUUGGUCAACGGGAAAUGUAUCUCCGCAACAAAUCAGCAGGAAAUCUGCUGGCCAUCUCUUCAGAAGCCAACCUUCCCGCUCGGCACAGAGCCUCAAGCGACGCUGGAUCACUGCACAAUUACCAGAUGUACGCUGCCGCUGCUGGAGUUGACGUUGACGAUUUGCCAUUGAGCAAGAGAAAGGAACUUAUCCGACAGAGUAGCUUGAGCCCCUCAAACUCGACACCAUCUCUCCAACGUCUCAGUGGUAGCAGCAACUUCAAUAGCUUCAACACUUCAGAGGCGCUUUUGAACUCUCAUCAACCUCAGCGCGUGUCGACACUCCCCACAUCUGCUGCCCGUGAGAAUGCACUUGCCAACUUUCGACAGUCAGUUCAACAGGAGCUACGUUCAGGCACACCUGUCAUUAGUACCUCCGGCCGAGAGACCCCAUUCACUCCGUCAUCUCUCUUAGCUAGUCGGGAAGUUGAGGUCCAACGCAAUGUCGAUAUGAGCCGAAAUAUUCUACUGAGUCAGAAGCAAGCUGAGGCACAGCGUCGCGAAACACAACAGCGAGAGAAGGAAUGGGCUGACAAAGCCUUUGACGAACGCAUGCGAAAUGGAGACCUUCUCGAUGUACACCGUGAGGCUAUGCGCAAACUUCAAAAGAACGCCAGGGACAAGUAA